AGGUUCUCGUCUCCCCGACGAGGCCACGAUGACCAUCCCCCUCCUCGAUUCUGCUGAGCCAAAAGAGUGCGGCCGUCUCCGCACCCCAUUUCUCUUUCCCUUUUUUUUCACCAUGACUGAUAUCGAUCAUCGUUCUUCCCGGUCCGGUCCGCGGAGGUUGAUCCUGUGCUGACACUGAUUUCCCACCCGGAGAGAGUGUUAGGUUUGGCUUCCGGGCCCCCGUGGAUCGGGCUUAGAUCCAGCAGGGGCUGUUAACGCAGGAUGUUUCAUCCUGCUUUCAUGCCACUUUUGGUGAAGACAACAUCCACAUCGAUAGCAGUCGUGGAAGGGGAAAGGUCAUGGCUGGAUUUGGAUUGGGUCGGGCAGUGGGGUUGGGGUGGGAGACGUGGUGAUGGGGACAUAUCCGUUCAUUUGAUAUGGUUGUGUGUGGUCAUAGUAAUAGUAGGAGUAGUAGUAGUAGUAGUAGUAGUAGCAGUAGUAGAGAUCCUUUCUGAACGACCCGUGGCCUGUAGUGAUUAUCCUUCGUACUACCCCUUAGCUGAUCGUUUGCAAUUUUCUAAAUGGCAUGGUCUCUCCGCUGUGCAGGAAAGAGGUCAAAGCAGGACUCACUGAUAAGUUAGGCAGUCGGGUUCAAAAUUACUAUAUCCUGGC